AUGGCAGUCGAGGAGCCUCCAACAAAGCGCGGCCCCCGGCCAGGGAGCUGGUUGCACCAGGGUCACCCAGCCCGGGCCUGGCAGAGGCGCCCCGGGCUGGUCAAGGAAUGCGAAGAGGACCAGUUCCGGUGCCAGAACGAGCGCUGCAUCCCCUCUGUGUGGAGAUGCGACGAGGACGACGACUGCACGGACAACAGCGACGAGGACGACUGCCCCAAGAAGACCUGUAUGGACAGUGACUUCACCUGUGACAACGGCCACUGCAUCCCAGAGCGGUGGAAGUGCGAUGGCGAAGAGGAGUGUUCUGACGGCUCUGAUGAGUUCGAGGCCACUUGCACCAAGCAGGUGUGUCCUGCAGAGAAGCUGAGCUGUGGACCCACCAGCCACAAGUGUGUGCCUGCCUCGUGGCGCUGUGACGGGGAGAAGGACUGCGAGAGUGGAGCGGACGAGGCCGGCUGUGCCACCUCACUGGGGACCUGCGGUGGAGACGAAUUCCGGUGUGGGGAUGGGACCUGUGUCCCUGCAAUCAAGCGCUGCAACCAGGAACAGGACUGUCCGGAUGGGAGUGAUGAAGCUGGCUGCCUAAAGGGGCUAAACGAGUGUCUACACAACAACGGUGGCUGCUCCCACAUCUGCACUGACCUCAAAAUCGGCUUUGAGUGCACCUGCCCAGCAGGCUACCGGCUCCUGGACCAGAAGACCUGCGGCGACAUUGAUGAAUGCGAGGACCCAGAUGCCUGCAGCCAGAUCUGUAUCAAUUACAAGGGCUACUUUAAGUGCGAGUGCCACCAAGGCUAUGAGAUGGACACACUGACCAAGAACUGCAAGGCUGUCGCUGGCAGAAGCCCGUCCCUAAUUUUCACCAACCGGCAUGAAGUGCGGAGGAUAGACCUGGUGAAGCGGGACUACUCGCGCCUCAUCCCCAUGCUCAAGAACGUUGUGGCACUAGACGUCGAAGUCGCCACCAAUCGCAUCUACUGGUGUGACCUCUCUUACCGCAAGAUCUACAGUGCGUACAUGGACAAGGCCAGCGACCCGGCAGAGCAGGAGGUCCUCAUUGAUGAGCAGCUGCACUCGCCAGAGGGCCUGGCGGUGGACUGGGUCCACAAGCACAUCUACUGGACUGACUCAGGCAACAAGACCAUCUCAGUGGCCACAGUCGAUGGCGGCCGCCGACGCACUCUUUUCAGCCAUGACCUCAGUGAACCCCGGGCCAUCGCUGUUGACCCCCUGCAAGGGUUCAUGUAUUGGUCUGACUGGGGGUAUCAGGCCAAGAUUGAGAAGUCGGGGCUCAACGGUGUGGAACGGCAAACACUGGUGUCAGACAAUAUUGAGUGGCCCAACGGAAUCACCCUGGAUUUGUUGAACCAGCGCUUAUACUGGGUAGACUCCAAGCUGCACCAGCUAUCCAGCAUUGACUUCAGCGGAGGCAACAGAAAGAUGCUGAUUUCCUCCCCCGACUUCCUGAGCCACCCUUUUGGGGUAGCUGUGUUUGAGGACAAGGUGUUCUGGACAGACUUGGAGAAUGAGGCCAUUUUCAGUGCGAAUCGGCUCAAUGGCCUGGAAAUCUCCAUCCUGGCUGAGAAUCUCAAUAACCCACAUGACAUUGUCAUCUUCCAUGAGCUGAAGCAGCCCAGAGCUGGAGAUGCCUGCGAGCUGAGUGCCCAGCCCAAUGGCGGCUGUGAGUACCUGUGCCUUCCUGCUCCUCAGACCUCCAGCCACUCUCCCAAGUACACCUGUGCCUGUCCUGACACAAUGUGGCUGGGCCCAGACAUGAAGAGGUGCUACCGAGCACCUCAAUCUACCUCAACUACGAUGUUAGCCUCUACCACGACGGGGACAGCAGCCGACUCCACAAGAGCCCCUGGAACCACCAUCCACAGCCCCACCUACCAGAAUCACAGCACAGAGACGCCAAGCCUGGCAGCUGCAGUCCCGAGCUCAGUUAAUGUCCCCAGCGCUUCCAGCAUCCCCCCGUCUACCCCAAGCCCUGCAACCAGCAACCAUUCCCAGCACUAUGGGAACGAAGGCGGCAAGAUGGGCUCAACAGUCACUGCUGCUGUCAUUGGAAUAAUUGUGCCCAUGGCGGUAAUAGCCCUCCUGUGCACGAGUGGCUACCUGAUCUGGAGGAACUGGAAGCGCAAGAACACCAAAAGCAUGAACUUCGACAACCCCGUGUACAGGAAAACAACAGAAGAGGAUGACGAAGAUGAGCUCCACAUAGGGAGGGCUGCCCAGGUCGGCCACGUCUACCCCGCGGCAAUCAGCAGCUUUGACCGCCCACUGUGGGCAGAGCCCUGUCUUGGGGAGACCAGAGAACUGGAAGACCCAGCCCCUGCCCUCAAGGAGCUUUUUGUCUUGCCGGGAGAACCAAGGUCACAGCUGCACCAACUCCCGAAGAACCCUCUUUCCGAGCUGCCUGUCGUCAAGUGCAAGCGAGUGGCAUUAAGCCUUGAAGAUGAUGGACUGCCCUAAGGAUGGGACCAUUCCCUUCAUGCCUCACGGAAUUCAGUUCCAUGCACUACACUCUCUGGAUGGUGUAUGCCUGGAUGGAAGGAUUUCUGUAUAUGGGUCUGUGAGAGCGCACGCGCAUGCAUGCGCGUGCGUGUGUGUGUGUGUGUACGCGCGUGUGUGUAAUUUUUUUUAAUUUAUGUUGCAGAAAGGUAACCACAAAGUUAUGAUGAACUGCAAACAUCCAAAGGAUGUGAGAGUUUUUAUAUGUAUAAUGUUUUAUACACUUUUUAACUGGUUGCACUACCCAUGAGGAAUUCAUGGAAUGGCUACUGCUGAGUGACUAACAUGAUGUACAUAACCAAAUGGGGCCGAUGGUACAGUAGCUUACUCAUCACUUAAAACCUAUAUUUACAGAGAGAGUAUUUGAUUUGGGGGGGCUUUCUUAGGUUUUGGAGUUUGUUUUUUUUGUAAAUAAAAUGAUUAUGCUUUGUGGCUAUCCAUCAACAUAAGAAAAAAACACCUCAACUCCUUCCCCAAUUUAGAUUAUUUAUUAACAAACUUCAAAAAUAAGGUUA